GAGACCCUUCCAGCUGCAUUCCUGUGGCUUGCAGGGCUGCUGUCAGCAGGUGUCUGUUAAUGGAGCCGGGCGUCACCCGCACUGCAAGAGACCAGCAGAAACUCCCAAAGUGAGCAGCGAGCGAGCCACGGGCCAGGGAGCAGAGAGCACGAGUGCCCCGAGCAGUCCUGUCCCCUGGGGGGUGCCACUGCCCUCUGCCCGGGGGUCUGCCCCAGCCCCAGCCCCAACCCCUGGAGGAGGAACCUGGAGCAGGACAUGGCUGAGAAUUGUGCAAGUGGGGACGGCCCCCAGAGGAAUGUGAAAGCAACUUCCUGCUUCCUUGGCACCUGUUCUCAGUUCCCUUUUCCACCCUGCUAUAAACACACCGGUUCUAACGGCAGGAUCGGAGGGGAGCAUCGGCCAGCAGCCAGCGCAGCACGUCUCAGCAGCUGGACGGUACCGCCGCACUCCUGUCAGGAUGACAACGCGUCGCCUGGCCCUGGCUGCCUUGGUGCUGGCUAUCUGCAUGGUGCUCACCGGGGCCACGAACCCCGGCUUUGUGGCCAGAAUCACUGUUAAAGGCCUGGACUACGCUCGUCAGGAGGGCAUCACUGCCCUGCAGAAGGAAUUAGCCAAGCUGAAGCUGCCAGACUUCUCGGGGACCUUUAAAGUCAAGCUCUUAGGAAAGGUGCACUACACAUUCUACAGCCUGAACCUUCGCAGUUUCCAGUUGCCGAGUUCGCAGAUUGCCCCGAUCCCCAACGUGGGCCUGAAAGUCUCCAUCGCCAAUGCCUUUGCCCAGCUGACGGGGAAGUGGAGGGUGAAGAAGAGAUUUAUCAGGGACAGUGGGUCGUUUGACCUGAAGGUCGAGGGUCUCUCUAUCUCUAUUGGUCUGAAGCUGGGCAGCGACGCCUCUGGGAGACCCACCGUUACCACCUCAGAGUGUGGAACCCACAUCUCCAACGUUCGGGUGCACAUUUCAGGCAGGUUUGGCUGGCUGUACAAUCUCUUUCACAAGAAGAUUGAGUCCAGCUUCAGGAAGACCAUGGAAGGCAAGGUGUGUGGAGUGGUGACCAGCUCUGUCACCACCAAGCUGCAGCCCUAUCUCCAGACUGUGCCAGUCACAGCAAAGAUAGACAAGGUGGCUGGGAUUGAUUACUCCCUGGUUGCACCUCCCGCGGCAACAGCCCAGUCUCUGGACGUGAAUCUGAAGGGUGAAUUUUUUUCCCUGGCCCAUCGCUCUGCCGUCCCCUUUCCUCCUCCUGCACUGGCCUUCCCGGUGGAUCAUGACCGCAUGGUUUACUGCGGGGCCUCCAGUUACUUCUUCAACACAGCCGGCUUUGUGUACCACACGGCCGGGGCCCUGCUCUUCGAGAUCACUGACGCCAUGAUUCCGAAGGAGUUUAAAUUCCAUUUGAACACCACCACCUUUUCAGCCUUCAUUCCCCAGCUGGAAAAGAUGUACCCAGACAAGCUGAUGAAGCUCAGAAUUAAAACCUCUUCUGCUCCAUUCCUGACCAUCACGCCUGGGAACUUGUCGCUUACGCCUGUUGUGGAUAUCCAAGCAUAUGUUAUCCUCCCCAACUCCUCCCUUGUCUCUGUCUUCCUCCUCAGCGUGACCAGCAGCGUUUCAGCCAAGAUUAUGGUGACCUCUGCCCGGAUAGGUGGGACCCUGGAACUUGGCAGGCUGCAGCUGUCGCUGAAGCACUCGGACGUCGGCCCUUUCUCCGUGCAGCUGCUGCAGGCGCUCAUGAACUUCUAUGGCUCAAGCAUCCUGAUCCCACGCAUCAACGCGAGACUCAAGGAGGGCUUCCCUCUCCCACUGCCGGCUCGUGUCCAGCUCUCCAGCCUCGUCAUCCAGCCCCACCAGAACUUCCUGCUGUUUGGAGCAGACGUUCGUUACGUGUAGAGAGGCCGAGGACGACGCUGAAAGAAAUGACCGAUAUGAAAAGACAACGUUCCUCUUUCCCCUGAGCAGCACCUGGCCUUGUGAAUGGAUAGCAGGUGCCCAACUUUCCUCUUGGCCUGCGCCGCACCCAUCCUCACGCCCAGAGAGGGCUCCAGAUUCUCUCCUUCCCCCUGCAAUUCACUGCUACCAAAGCUGUUUGUCCAGGAGUAAAAAACAUGUGAUUUGUCUCCAAAGAAAUUCCUCCCCUGCCUGUCUCGGUCUGGAUCACUGGGCACUGGAUAGACAGAGGAGCAGCACGUGCAUUUGAACAAAAAAAAAACCAAGCAAACGAGCUUCCCUUCCACAGCCUUUGAUACUAGGAAACCGUUCUGGUAUGUGCUGCUCUCCAGCGCCCAGGAAAGAUGCCCAUUGGCUGCCCUGGGAGUUGGCCCCUGCCCUGAACCAGUCAGUGGAUUUAUUAACACACUUGGGGUGAAGUUCUAAUCCGCGUUAAUGAGCAGUUGUGCCCAUCACCCUGCGUAGCAGACUGGUUGUGCCAGGUGGAGUGUGGCCUGGGGAGCCGCUCACAAUAGAACCUGAGAAUGGGCGUUCAGAAGGAACGUGGCCAUUGAUUGUGCAGAGCAAUUCACGGUGGUGCAGAAGAGACCAGAAAUGAACAAAAGCCAGGGGGUGAGGCCUGAUUAGCAGGGAGCUGAGAGCCACACGCACCAGGCCCCGGCUGUCAGUCUUCAUCUGGGCCCUGGCCCUAGUUUUGUUAAGUGUUGUGUGCCACUGAAAAUACCCACGCACCCUACUGGGACGUUAGCAUCUAAGCUGGGGGAUCCUCCACCUUUCCCCCAGUGAGCAGACAUGGUCUCGUGGUCGUGGCCCACGGCCCCUCACACUCGCCGUGCUGGGUCGUCUCUGGGGUAGCUAUGGCAAUUGCUUUCAUGGAUCAGUAACGUGGCAGCAUUUCCUGUAUCUGCUUCUGUCUCUUUAAUGCAGUGUAGCAGCUAGCAAUGAAGGGGGGCGGGGGACGGAGAACCAGCACCAUGUGACCUGCCAACUCGCUGCACAUUUUAUAAUGAUGAGAAAACUCUGGAAAAAAGGCACAUUGGAAUUGUGGGUUCCUCAGAACAGGGCUCCCGGUCCCGCAUCUCCCCCGAUCCACUUUUCACUCUGACCAGCUGUAACCUAUUUAUUCACACUGCAGCGUGCUCCAGUGGAAAGUAUGUUAGAAAGAGGAACACGUUGUAUUAUGCUGUUGGCAAAUAAAACACUCUGAUAAAGGCA